AUGCACAGGGUCUUGUCCGUGGAUGCGACACUCGCCCCAAGAGACCCUGGAGCUCCAGGCCAGUUUGGGCACCCUGUUGCGGUCCCUGAUGAUAAACAAGAAGAAGCCAAAAGCAGAUGGAAAGAAGGAAACUUCAAUGUCUACCUCAGUGAUUUGAUCCCCGUGGACCGCGCCAUAGUGGACACCAGGCCAGCCGGGUGCUCAGAGCAGCGGGUCCACAACGACCUCCCGACCACCUCCAUCAUCAUGUGCUUCGUGGACGAGGUGUGGUCCACACUGCUGCGCUCCGUGCACAGCGUCCUGGGCAGGUCCCCGCCGCGCCUGAUCGAGGAGCUCAUUCUGGUGGACGACUGCAGCACUAAAGAGUACCUCAAGGAGAAGCUGGACGAGUACAUGUUGCGCUUCCCCAAAGUGAAGAUCCUGCAUCUCAAGGAGCGGCACGGACUCAUACGGGCCAGGCUGGCGGGGGCGGAGGUUGCCGCAGGUGCCGUCCUGACGUUCCUGGACUCGCACGUGGAGUGCAACGUGGGGUGGCUGGAGCCGCUGCUGGAGAGGGUCCGUCUGCGCCGCACCAAGGUCGCCUGCCCCGUCAUCGAGGUCAUCAGCGACAAGGACAUGAGUUACAUGACCGUGGACAACUUUCAGCGUGGGAUUUUCACUUGGCCGAUGAAUUUUGGAUGGAGGCAGAUUCCGCAAGAGGUCAUCAAGAAGAAUAAAAUCAAGGAAACUGAUAUAAUAAGGUGCCCGGUCAUGGCGGGGGGGCUGUUUGCCAUCGAUAAGACGUAUUUUUUUGAGCUGGGAACAUACGACCCAGGGCUGGAUGUUUGGGGAGGUGAAAAUAUGGAGAUUUCAUUCAAGGUCUGGAUGUGCGGAGGAGAGAUCGAGAUUGUUCCGUGCUCCAGAGUCGGGCACAUUUUCAGGAACGACAACCCUUAUUCCUUCCCGAAAGACCGGGUGAGAACAGUGGAGAGGAACUUGGCCCGCGUCGCAGAGGUCUGGCUGGAUGAGUACAAGGACUUGUUCUACGGCCACGCUUACCACUUGGUCUUGAAAAACCUGGAUGUCGGCAACCUGACUCAACAAAUCCAGCUGCGGAAGAAGCUUCAGUGCAAAAGUUUCCGGUGGUACCUGGAGAACGUCUACCCGGAGCUGGAAGCUCCCCUGGUGAAAGCCAGCGGGCUGCUUGUUAAUGUAGCCCUGGCGAGAUGUGUCACUGUGGAAAACACCACGCUGGCUUUGGAGGCGUGUGAUAGUGCCAACGAGCACCAGAAGUUCAACUACACCUGGCUGCGGCUGAUCCAGCACCGAGAGCUCUGCCUCGCCCCGGCCAGCACCGCGGGAGCACUGGGACUGCACCGCUGCCAGGGCAGGACCCGCAGCCUGGCGUGGCUGCACCGCGCACUGGCCGCCUCCCAGCCCGGACUGACCGACCACAUCGUCCGGGAGCAGCUCCCGCAGCCGGCGUGCUUGGAAGCGGAUCCCUCCGACAAAGCCCUGAGGCUGAACACCUGUGACUCCGCAAAUCCUUACCAGAAGUGGCAGUUUGGCAAUUACUACGCGGACUGA